UUUAGAAAUUGACAUCGCGGAAGAUUAAUUCUCGGUGGCUGUGUUAUGCGGUCACUAAACUCGAAGUCAAGGAAAUUCCUAUAUGGGGCAAAAUAUUUUUAACGUAAAUACUGCUAGAAUUGGAGCCUAGCAAAAACGAGAAGUUGUUUAUUGUAUACAUUAAUGUUCAUUUUAUAAUCUGUAGAACUGUCAUUAAAGUCUAGACCAUAAUAAUGGCGAAAUUAAUAGCAGUUUCUCGGUCUGAGGAUUAUCAAUUUGAAAGAAGGCAAAUCCCUCUGGUUGUUGACGACACACUUACAAUGGUUGUUCAGUUUGCGGACAAAUGUAUAGAUUGUGAUCAUGUUAAUGGUAUUAAGUGUAAGGAUAUGGAGCGUUUUGUACAGAGGUUUAGUGCUUUAUCCAAGGACGAGAUUGCUGUGGCCAUGAUGGUCACCAGUAAAGAUAUUAUGAACUUACUUACCCAUCUAGUACCUUGUGUUGGUUGUAGGAGAAGUGUGGAGAGACUAUUUACCCAAUUAGUGGAUUCACAACACCCUGCACUGGAGCCUCUAAUCGUCACCAAAAGUGCUAUUAUGUCUAUCAAUAGAAACUAUUUGUUUGAUCCUAGAGCCUUAUAUUCUCUCUUCUAUAUUCAUGGGGCAAAGUUAUCAACUAUGGUAGAUGCUAUUCCAAAAAGUAAAAAGAAUAAAAGAUGUAACUUACACUCAUUGGAGACUCAUAAAACUAAAACAACAGGGAGUUGGAUAGAUAUUUGGGAUCUGUUGUCUCAAGAAUGUAGAGAAGAAGUUGUAUUAGUGGAUGCUGAUAGCUUACUUGAUACCCUAGAAAACUACCUUAGAAAACACAGGUUUUGUUCAGAAUGUAAAUCGAAAGUGUUGCGUGCAUACAGUAUUCUAGUUGGUGAUAUAGACAGUGCAAAGGAGAAAGGUUAUUGUCCAGCGUUGUACGAGGGAUUGCGGUGCUGUCCUCAGGAACGGCAUAUUCACAUGUUGUGUGAUACAGACUUUAUAGCACAUCUUAUUGGCCGAGCAGAACCUGAAAUCAUCGGAAGUAACGGAAGACGGGACAGACAUGCCAAGACGUUAGAUAUCGCCCAGGAGGAGGUACUUACUUGUCUCGGAAUACACACAUAUGAAAGGUUACAUAAAAUAUGGCAAAAAUUGAAGGCAGAGGAGCAGACAUGGCAGAUUUUGUUCUUCCUUGGUGUGGAUGCACUUAAACAAAGUUUUGAGAUGGCGUUAGAGCGUAAACAGGGUGUAUCUAAUUUGGAGUUAAUGUGCGAGGAGCUGUUAGAGGAGGAGCGAGCACGUGAACAACGUCAGGAGAAGAAAAGACAGCGUAAAAAGAAAAAGAAGGCAAAGUCUGGUCAGUUACACGAAAAAGAGAAUUUGGUGUUAGAAGAGGAAGAGGAUGAAGAUGAUCAUUGUAAUAAUUGUGAUAGCUCAGCAUGUUCCAUGACAAAGAAGUCUCCACAGUCAUGCACCUCAACCGGCUCACACCACAACUGUGGUGAUCACAAUUCCAAUACCACUGUUGCUUCAAUGAAUAGUUGUAGGAGUUGCGAGCGAACCUGUGAUCCUCGGUCUCCGAGUACGGGGCCGCCUCAUAAACCUCAAAUGGUACUUGGUAGUCGAAGUAGUGAUAACGGUUAUUCAUCAUGCGGAGACGGGUGCGAGAGUUGUAGUAUGCCUAGUUCUAACGACGGCUCGGAUAUUGUAUGCUCAGACGGAGUUUGUACGGGACUUGAUGGAGAUGAUCACAUACAUGUGUGUAAUCCGAGGGGAAGAGAGAGAUGUCCAAUGUCAGAACUGUCCCCGGAGAGGGGAAGAGCUUCCUCACCUCUUCCCAAAGGAAACAAGUGUGAAGAUUAUUUCAUUCCUACAUGUAAAGGUGACUGUGAAAAGCAAGGCCAAUACAAAAUGACAUUCAGCUUAGAAGAUAUGUUGGAGCAAUUUUGUUCGUCUGAAGAUGAGGCUGUUAUAUCUGAAGAAGAGAUCAUGAGGUUUAAAGCGAACGAGAAAAAGUUGAUGCGGAAAAGGCAAGAACUUCGGGAGACACUGCGGCAAAGAUUCAACAACAUGCAGCAUAAACAACAGUCUGACGGCCCGGAGAAACAACCAUUAGACAGCGAGAUAUCAUUCACGCAGUAGUGACGUGAUUCUGCUAUUUGAACUGUGAUUUUUGAGCGAGUAUUUCCCGAAAAAAAGUUUUUAUCACUUUCAAUUUUUUUUUUCGGUGCAGCAGCUCUUAAUGCUUAUGCUCUUGUUACUUCUCAAAACAGACAGUGUUUAUUUUAAUUUUAUGAGUUUACUUUUAAAGGUUAGAAUCCACUUGAUAUGCAAUCAUUAUUGAAACAUGCUUGGGUUAGAAUUGGCAUACACAGAUAAAUAGACAUAUAAUGGCAUUUGACAGUGCUUAAUUUCCUAACUGGAAAAAAUGCGAGAUUUUUUAAAAAAGAUUAUGAUAUCAUCCUUUUGGUCUUGUUAUGUAAUCACAUCAUAUUAAGACCCAUACAUUGAUAUCAUUAUCUUGAAAAGCUUCUGGACUUUUUCAUUUAACUAUCUAGAGCUUGACAGAAGAAUGUUUAUACAUGUUAUUUAAUGCCAAGAUGACACAUAAAUAAUGAAAGUUGUUCAUGUACAUGCAUUGUGACAUGGAAAAAAAAGGAUUUGUCAAUUUUUGUGGUUUUGCUAUUGAUCAUAAAAUUUGGUGCCUAUUUCUAGUAAUUACUUCUAAUUGCACAAAAAAGUGUUCUGAUGAAGAAAUGAUGUACUGUGUAUUUGCCAUAUAGAAAAGAAAAUGGAUGGGAUAGUUGUUCUGGGCCAUUCUUAACCCAUUACCUGCUUGAGCUGAAAGUGACUAGCCUUUACCACCAGCGUAGAGCCAGGCCUGCCUGCGCAUCCGUGCAGUCUGACCACACCAGGCUCUAUACUGGUGGCUGAUUAACUGUAAGUUUUCACCUUAAUAUUCCAUAACCUAUUGAUAAUUUAUUAUGGAGAUGUUGGGCAAGUCUGUUUAAGAAUUUCAGCGGGUUAUGGGUUACCCUAAGCAGUUUGAGUAAUGUUUGAAUAUUUUGGAGGAUUUUAAUUUUUUUAAAAGAGAAAAUGUUUGGCAGUAUAUUUAUUUAAGUCUGAUAUGGAAAACAAAAACACAUAGUUAUAUUUACUGUUUAUCUAGAUUUUAUUUUGUUUCACAACUUCUUGUGCUAGUUUGAACUUUCUAUUUAUUUUAAUUUUUUGUUUCGGUAUAUAUAUAUAUUUUUUUUGUCGAAACAGGAAAAGAAGCAUGAAGUGUGAAAAUAAUGAUAAUUUAUUCAAAUAUGACAUGUAUAAUUAAAGCUGGUUUUCAGAAUUUGAAUUAACACUUUAUUCUCUGUGUUUGCUGAUAAUUAUACUUAACACAUAGGAAUAUACUGUUGGUUUGUUUAUGUUUAGGGAAGUUCUGUUAUAUGAACUGAAAAUUAGUAUUUAAAGUGUCAUCAUCUUAUGGUUGCAUUUGUGUCGACUUGUAUUCUAAACUAAUAUUUUUAUUUUUUUUUAUGUCAAUAGACUGGUGUUAUACCUUUACCUGCCGGAUUUGUAUAAUGGGUUUAGCCCUGCUAUGAAUUUGGAACAGUCCAUUUCAAGUAUAAGGGAUUUUAGUAUCAAAAUACAAAAAAAAGGGAUACCACAAGUAUGAAGCCCGGUCAGACUGAAAAGACUGAACAUUUUGGUUCCAGCAUUGUAAAAGAGUUACUAGUAAUAUUCUGUACAGAAAUUGUUGAAAUUCAAACAAACAAAAACAAAACACUGAUCUAGCAAGCUCUAUAUUUGUGAAAAAUUUCGCACUUACAAUGAUGAAAUGAAAACAGCCUUCAGAACCCAGUAUAGAGCCAGGCCAAUCUGUACUUGAGUGCAAUAUAUCUUGACUUGAUACAGUUGGCUGAACAUGGUAAAAUAUCCUCAUAUUUUAUAAUGGACAGUUCCACUAUUGAAGCAUGGUUAGCCCAUUUAAGAAAUUUCAGCAGUUGUAGAGUUAGUGAUAAUUAGGGGUUUUUGGAAAUGUACUAUUAAAAAAUUUUUUAUGAGCUUCUGAUCAGUAAACCGGUAUUAUAUUGUUGCUUAAAUUCUUCAAAACUCAGUUGUUAGCAAAGUGUUAAAA